GACCAGAAGGUUUUUUGUAAUUGGACAGGAAGCAUGUAAAGAUGGAUGUACAUGAAAACAGAGAAAGGGAAGUGAAGUGCAGCUGUAGUGGGGACUUCCCUCUGCAGGAGAUGUGGGUUGUAGAGAGAGUCAAGAGGCUCUGGGCGGGCCGGAAGGAGCACCGGACCGACUGAAGGAGGAGUCUGAAGAGAACCAGAGCCAGCUGAAGGGAGUGGCACAAACAGGCUUGGCAGAUUUGUUUUGUCUUCAGCUGUGAAAGAACACAGGAGAACAGGGAUUGACUGCAAACACUCAACUUCUUUUCUCUUUUCACUCUCUGUCUUUCACUUUGGCCAAUUUCUCGUGGAGUGUGUCUGAAACCUCCCCGCUGAUGCCAUGGAUAACUUCCAGACUGUCCUGCGUUUCUUCACGAACCAGAAAUCCACCAUUGGCUACAGCUUCCUGGCUCUCAUGACUGUAGGUGGGGAGCGAGUCUUCACCCUGGUUUCCUUUCAGUGCCCGUGCAACCACGACCAGAACUUUGCCUACGGGCUGACCUUCCUGCUGGGCCCGGCUGCAGUGCUGCUGGUUUUGGGUCUCUUGUUCACCAGCAGGCUGUGGAGGCUCUACACUGGCUGCUGCCUCAAUCCCAUGAAGCUGUGCCCCCGUGGGAACUGCUUGGGCCACCUCCGGGUGUUGAUGAGCAUUUUCUGUGGCGCUUGCGUGGCUCCUGUAAUGUGGCUCGCCGUGGCCCUGCUCAAUGGGACCUUCUAUGAGUGUGCGGUCAGUGGUCUGGAUGAUAACCUGGUGGUGGACCUGUUCUGUAAAAACAAGACGUUGGCGUGUCGGGAGGAGCUGGCCCGAGUGCCCUGUGAUCGUUCCAAACUGUCCAGCGAUGAGCGCAUGGAGCUGCUGCUCAUGUUCAGGGCCCAGUCCCAGAUCCUGGGCUGGUGUGUGAUCAUCACCGCUGUCGUCGGGGGCCUCCUGGGUACCUGCUACAAAAACUGCCGCUCCAAAGUCAGCUUCCUGCAGCUCACCUUCUGGAAACGCUACAUGGAAAAAGAGAAAGAGCGCUUUGAUACUCUCGCUGUAGAAUAUGCCACCAAACUGGCCGACAGAAACCUGCAGAGCUUCUUUGAGAACAAGGAGCCUGCUCCAUUCCCUUUCCCCAACCACCGGGCAUGGGAGGAGAUCUCUGCAUACUACACCUUCACCGAGAGCGAGCAGUGCUACAGCACCCUGCAGCGCUACGUGGAGAGGAAAGACAGGGACUUCCCAGAGAACAAACCUGUGUUGGACAUAGAGUAUGGUGAAAGAGAUGCUCUGAGAAACAACUGACUGUGAUUCUGGGUUUGCUGCUCGUCGCCUCUAUCAUGUUGUCCAGUCUGCUGCUGACCUGUGUGGCUCGGUGCACCUCCCCCAUCAGUUACC